AUGCCUCCUCUGAGAGAUGCAGAUUCUGGCUCCGAAGAUGACCUUGACCUUGACGAACUCGACCCCAUCGUCCAGUCUUCAGACGAUCCAAGGAUAAAUUCAUCCUUCGACUCCGCAAACCGCCGUACCGCCAAUGGCUCCGCCAACAUCCCCCUACGAAGAUUACAGAAAUACGAGCGCAGUCGUUUAUGGCGUUCGAAAGGGAGACCGGGCAGGACGGGCGAUGCCGACGAAGACACAGAAGGACUGUUAGACAGCUGGCCGGGCAAGGCUCGUGGCAACGGCCAACUGCCACAGUGGUCCGAGUCUGAAGAUCAACCAGGUUGGAACGUCAGUCGGAGGAAAUACCAGAAUCUCAAUCGAGAGAACAGUAUAUCUCAGGGGCGCGAUGCCCAUACCCGCCGCCUCAGUGGUCGCCAGAGCAUGCAAAUCUCCGACUUCGUUCGGCAAGAGUUGGCAGACAUGCGCGAGCAUGACCAGGAGUUGAACGGUCACGAAUCGCGUGAGGUCGACGUUGGUCAGUCGCAGAAGAAACGAUUUCCCACGAACGUCAUCUCCAACGCAAAAUACACGCCCUGGUCCUUCUUGCCGCGGACCCUGUACAACGAAUUCUCCUUUUUUCUCAAUGUCUACUUUCUGCUCGUUGCCUUGUCCCAGAUAUUACCCUUCCUACGAAUCGGCUACAUGUCGACAUAUAUUGUUCCUUUAGGCGUGGUUCUUACGAUUGCGAUUGGCAAAGAAGCUGUGGACGAUAUUGUCCGGCGACGACGCGAUGCAGAAGCCAAUGCCGAACUGUUCACUGUCCUCUCCUUCUCUGACACAGGCCGAGAUGGAGUGGUUGAAGUCCAGAAAAAGUCGCGCGAUAUCAAAGUUGGCCAUGUCUUGAGACUCGAGAAAAACCAGAGAGUUCCGGCGGACGUUGUCAUUCUGCAAAGUCGCUUGACCGAGCUCAGGGACGAUUCCAGAGGUUAUGGGACGGACGCCCCCUCAUCUCAGGCAAGCGGCGAGACAUUUAUUCGGACCGAUCAACUCGACGGAGAAACCGACUGGAAACUGCGACUUCCGAGUCCACUGAGCCAGAGUCUGACCCUGAGAGACCUUCAGCGUUUGAAGAUCACGGCCGGUGCGCCCGACAAGAAAGUCAAUGAAUUCGUCGGGACAUUAGAGUUCCAGCCCAGGCAAGCCUCCGCCUACGACCCGCAUGGUCUGAAAGAAGAUCUUGCUGACGACCACGGCGGAUCAAGUGAACUUGACCGGUCUGCAGCGGAUAGAGUGACAUCGGCACCAUUGACUAUCGAUAAUACAGCUUGGGCGAACACCGUCUUGGCUUCCAGUACUACAACUUAUGGCGCAGUCAUCUAUACCGGCCGACAAACACGAUCCGCCUUGUCGACCUCACCAUCAAGGUCCAAGACCGGUCUUCUGGAAUACGAGAUCAACAACUUAACCAAGAUUCUCUGCAUCAUGACCUUGAGUCUCUCCAUCAUCCUUGUCGCACUCGAGGGAUUUGAGCCAUCUAACAAGAAACCCUGGUAUGUGGCCAUCACGAUCUAUCUCAUCCUCUUUUCAACCAUUAUCCCGAUCAGUCUCCGUGUGAACCUCGACAUGGGAAAGACUGUCUACGCUCAUUUCAUCCAUCAAGACAAAGGCAUUCCAGGCACCGUUGUGCGUACCAGCACCAUUCCCGAAGAUCUUGGCCGAAUCGAGUACUUGCUCUCCGACAAGACUGGCACGCUUACGCAGAACGAAAUGCAACUUCGAAAGAUCCACGUUGGUACCGUUGCAUAUGCGGGGGAGGCAAUGGAUGAAGUUGCAGCCUACGUCGAGCAAGCCUUUGCCACGGGUGCCGGUCACGGGUCGAAGGCGUCCGAGCUUGGCUCAACUACCAAAACCCGUCGAGAAAUCGGCGUUCGGGUACGAGAUCUUGUACUAGCACUGGCCUUGUGCCACAAUGUCACACCCACCACAGAAGAGAUCGAUGGAGAGAAGGUUGUCUCCUACCAGGCCUCCUCCCCCGACGAAAUCGCCAUCGUGGAAUUCACCGAGAGUGUCGGCCUACGUGUGCUCCAGCGCGACCGAGAGAACAUUGUCCUGCAGUCCGUCUCAACCGCCCAAAUCGUUGUCCGUGCCGAAAUCAAGGACAUCUUCCCUUUCACCUCCGACAGCAAGCGAAUGGGCAUUGUUGUUUCUAUAACCUCGGAAAUCCCCGGACUCUCCAGCACAGGCGAACUCUGGUUCUUCCAGAAAGGCGCCGACACGGUUAUGACCUCCAUCGUUGCCGCAAAUGACUGGCUUGAUGAGGAAACCGCAAAUAUGGCUCGCGAAGGACUGAGGACCCUCGUCGUCGGUAGAAAACGACUCUCUCAGCAACAAUACGCAGACUUCUCUUCCGAGUACUCGGACGCGUCGCUAGCCCUGCACGACCGUGACUCAGGCAUGGCAUCGGUAGUGAAAACCCAUCUCGAACACGAUCUAGAACUCCUUGGCGUGACUGGUGUGGAAGAUCGCCUUCAAAAAGACGUCAAACCGUCGCUGGAACUGCUUCGCAACGCCGGGGUGAAGAUCUGGAUGCUAACAGGUGAUAAGAUCGAAACAGCGCGGUGUGUGGCCGUCUCGGCGAGAUUAGUGGCUCGAGGCCAAAACAUCUUCACCGUGGCGAAACUGAAGGCCAAACAAGCGGCAAAGGACGCCCUAGACGUCAUGCGCAACCAGACAGAAUCAGCGCUGCUUAUUGACGGCGACUCCCUACAUCUCAUGCUCAGUCAGUUUCGUACCGAAUUUAUUACCAUCGCGGUUCAACUUCCCGCGGUCAUCGCCUGCCGGUGCUCUCCGACCCAAAAGGCCGACGUCGCUCAACUAAUCCGGCAGCAUACGAGAAAGCGGGUCUGCUGCAUUGGCGAUGGCGGCAACGACGUCUCCAUGAUCCAGGCCGCCGACGUGGGCAUCGGGAUUGUCGGCAAGGAGGGCCGCCAAGCUUCCCUCGCCGCCGAUUUCAGCAUCGAGCAGUUCUGUUACCUCACCAAACUUCUGGUCUGGCACGGGCGCAACUCGUACAAACGCAGCGCAAAACUCGCGCAGUUCAUCAUCCACAGAGGUUUGAUAAUCAGCGUCUGUCAAACCAUGUAUAACAUCGCCGGGCACUUUGACCCGAAAGGCCUAUUCAAAGACUGGCUGAUGGUAGGCUACGCGACCGUGUACACCAUGCUCCCUGUGUUCAGCCUGGUGUUGGACACGGACGUCGACGAGCAUCUCGCCAAUCUCUACCCGGAAUUGUACAAGGAGUUGAAAUGGGGCAAGAGCCUCAGUUACAACACGUUCUUCACGUGGGUGGGGGUGUCGGUCUACCAGGGCGUCGUCAUCCAGGGGCUGUCGCAGUUACUCGUCGGGGAGGUCGACGGCCCGCGCAUGCUCUCCGUCAGCUUUACGGUGCUGGUCGUCAACGAGCUUAUCAUGGUGGCCGUCGCGGUCACGACCUGGCAUCCCAUCAUGAUUGUGUGUAUUGUGGGCACGGCGUGCAUCUACGCGGCCAGCGUGCCGUUUCUGGGCGAGUAUUUUGAUCUCAGUUACGUGGCGAGUUGGAGCUGGGCGUGGCGGGUCGUUGCCGUAGGGAGUAUUAGUCUUGUGCCCGUCUGGGGCGGCAAGGUAGCGAGUCGGAUGUGGAAGCCACCUAAUUACCGCAAGGUGCAGGGCAUAUAG